UGUGAAACUCGCGAGACACAACAAAAACACAGCUCCAAUCACAGCAUCCUCCAUCCUCCUGUUGUUAACGUUGUUCUUCUUUGUUUCUGUUGUUGAACACCACACACACACGCUGUCGACCGGCACUGCCAAGUACACACUGUCAUUACGAAUGCAACCCUUUAAAUGGUACUGGGAAAUAGUUCGUGCAAAAUCAUCCUAAUACUUUAUUACUGUACAUUUAGUUCUGUAACUAAAGCGGUAUGAAAGGCCCUAUUAUGUCCAGAGCCCCACACAUGACAUGCAAGAAAAAAAGUAAAUCUUGCACACAAUUACUAAUUCAUUCCCUUGAUUAACUAAAUCAUGGCACAAGAUACUAAUUCAUUCUCUCGUUUUUUGUGUGCUCAAUGUCAUAAUUUGUUCUACAGUACUUCCUGUCCGCAAUCUCAUGAACCUGUUGCUGUUAUGUUAUGGACAGAGAUGCUUUAAACUGCAUUAUCUUAGGUUACUGGUUAACAGACAAAACCAUAAAAAAAUGUAAAUAAACAGCAUUUUUUUACAGUUUAAACUGUAAUUCAACAGCAGCAUACUGCUGAAUUGCAGUAAUCUGAUGGCAUUAAAUGCAACUUCACAGUUAAAUACAGUAAUUCUGCAGGAGCUAAAUUACAGUAAAAUGAUGGCAUAACUAUGGUCACAGUAUCAGCUGUCAAUUUACAGUCAUUUACUGUAAAAAUGAUACAGUAGUUUAUAAAUUUAUAAAGUAAUUUACUGUAAAUGUACAUACAGUAACUUCCUGUGAAUGUAACAAGUUGCCAGUAAUGUACUAUAAAUUUACAGUCAAAUAAUUUAUAGUGUACUAUCGAUGCUGGUGUUGCGUGAGGAGGAAAACAGCAAUAACUUUAUGAUCGCUAGCUAUGUUGUAGUCCCGUAUAAAAUGCAUUAUGGGAAGUGUAGUUAGGGAGAAGUGUGCUCUUAUUAUGAGCAUACUUCCUGUGCUGUGCAAUUCAGACAAAAGAAAAAAAAAAGGUUGGGAAAACAUGUUCUGUGCAAAUUCAAAGAAUGUACUUUCAAAAGCUUUAAUUACAGUGCAAAAAAUAUCAGCAAAGCACACAAGACUCACUGAAGGUUUCCAAGUGUUUUUCUCCUGCAGAGUAAAACUCUGAAUGUGAUUUAGUAAAUGUAUCUGACAGUCAAAGUGAAACUUGCUGUUAUCUAUUCUACUGAUGCAUGUUGUGGUUUGACCUGUGGAGACAGAGAUUCUGUUUUAAACAUGUCUUGUGGGUGUGAUUAGCUGAUGGCACCACGAGACAGUCCCAAACCCUUCCGUUGAAGUACCAUCAGAGAAGUAAAAAAAAAAAAAACAUCAAACAAGAGUCACAUGAGAAAGGUCUACUUUAGUGAAACUCAUACACAACUAAAAGGUACUGUACAAAAUAUUAUAUGUGUAAUAUUGUCUGCCAUUAUGGGCGGUGUCUUAACAGGGAAUACAUGCAAGAAUAGCUUGUACGUGUGGGUGGUGGUCAUAUCCUGUGGUGGAGGUUUCACACGAAAUAUAAGUUUAACUCUGUCCUUUUAGCUCAUAACCUGUCUGUCACGGAAGUGCUCACAUAACUUCAGGUCCUAGUGUUUAAAGAUGGUUCACCUGUUUGUUUUGUUCUGCUUGUGGCGUCUGGUUGGUGUUUUUGCUGAUACUGAUGCAGUGAAGUCAGUGUCAGUGCUGGAGGGAGAUUCAGUCACUCUACACUCUGGUGUUACUGACAUUAUGGAUGAAGAUCUGAUUCUGUGGAUGUUUGGAACUGAAAACACUUUAAUAGCUCAAAUCAAUGUAAUUGCAGACAGCAUCACUGUAUAUGAUGAUGUUCUUGAUGAGAGAUUCAGAAACAGACUGCAGAUGGAUGAUCAAACUGGAUCUCUGACCAUCACAAACACCAGAACCACAGACUCUGGAGUUUAUCAACUUCAUACCAGCAGCAUGAGGAAGUGUUUCAAUCUCACUGUCAAUGCUCGCCUGCCUGUUCCUAUCAUCAGCAGUAAUUCUUCAUCAUCCUCAAGAUCUUCAAAAUGGGAACAUGCCAACAUCACUGAUCUCUGUCAGAAAUGUGCAGAUUUACAUGGCCAUUGCUGUGAUACCGCUGAAGCUGUGAUCCGAUUGGUGGUCACUGCUCUGAUGGGCGUGGCUGCUGCAGCUGUGGUUGUUAUUCUUGUCAAUGAUGUCAGAUCUACAAGAGGCAGUGGGUUGAUAGGACAAACGGAUCUGAAAACAUAGUAUUUAUCCAGUCAAGCUCAACAUUCAAACUCAACAUUUUAUAUACCCAGGAAUUAUAUGAGAUUAACACAUUAAAUACAUUACAUUUGGGCCAUUUGGUGGCUAAAGCGAAAUAAUAUUUUUCAAUAUUAAAUUUUUUAGUGGCAUCCAUUUAUAUUACAUUCCUUUGCACAUUUUCACCUUGCAGUGUGUUAACAACAUAAACAAACAAAUAUAAAAAUAUUUGUUAUGCAAAUAAAAUGACUUAAAAUUUAAACUGAAAACCGAGUAUGGAACUGAAAACUAAUAUAUGUCCACAAAUCACACAAACACACACAUUUUUAUUGAAGGGGUGUCAUGAUAAAAAUAAAAUAUCAAUUUAGACUGAAUGAUUCUAUUUGUUUGGUCUGCAAUUGUUAUGUUGAAUGAGAUGUUUGAAAUGUACUAAUAUCACCACAUCAUAACAGCUCUAUGAAUUAUAAUUAUUGAAUUAAUAAUAAAUAAAUAAAUAAAAUAAAAAACACCCUAAAACACAGUUAAAAAAGACGGCAAAAACAUGCUACAGGAGGCCUUCUGACCCAAAUCUGUACAUCAGUCAAUAAGCUAUUUUUUGACUGUGAUAUAAUGCAUAUAAUUGUGCGUAAAUUAAAAUUAAAAUAGCUGUGUUAUCCAAAUACUUAAAUACAGGACAAUAGUUUAUUAUAAUGAAAGGUUGGUAAUGCACAGUGUCUACACUAGACAAGAGCAUCUUGCCAAGAACCACUAUAAAAAUUUUUUAUAAAAGAUAACCCAUUAUAAACUAUUAUCAGUGAGAAUGGAUGCAGCAAGAGGUGAGGACAGACAGCAGUCUAAACAAAUACACAAAAAAAAAAAAACACGCAAAGAAAGAAGGUGUAAGUAACUUUGAUUCUCGUUGUAUUAAUGCCACUGCCACCAUGUUGUGGGGACGCUGGUAAACAAUGACAGGAUGUAGAAUGUAUAGAAUACACCUUAAAGUAAAAAAAAAACUGUAUAAAACACUGUCCAGACUCAGACUCAGCAGAUCUGCAGAUGAUCUCUAGACUGAUUUAUCUCUCUGAUAAUAAAAGUCUAUUUUUUGGCAUCAAA